UAGGCUUCGGUAAAACCGCGGGUAAAUGUGCGGCUUCGGUCUGCGGUGUAGCUGAUCUUCACAGAGCUCUCAGGGAGGUGUCAUGGCGUGUAAGAGAGGGGCGCUCAUCGUGCUGGAGGGGGUGGACAAGGCCGGGAAGACCACCCAGUGCCACAAGCUGCUGCAGGCGCUGCAGCAGAGCGGGCGGCCGGUGGAGAUGAUGCGGUUCCCCGACAGGAGCACCACGAUCGGCCAGCUGAUCAGCGCCUACCUGCAGAAGAAGAGCGACCUGGAGGACCACACGGUUCACUUGCUGUUCUCCGCCAACCGCUGGGAGAUGGUACCUUUGAUGAAGAAGAAGCUGGAGCAAGGCAUCACUCUGGUUGUAGAUAGGUACGCUUUCUCCGGAGUUGCUUUCACUGGUGCCAAGCCGGGGUUCUGUCUGGACUGGUGCAUGAAACCGGACGUGGGACUGCCAAAGCCCGACCUGGUGAUGUUCCUGCAGCUCAGCCCGGUGGAGGCUGCUCUCAGAGGGCAGUUUGGAGAGGAGCGAUACGAGACCAGCAGCUUCCAAAGAGCAGUGCAACAGAAGUUUGAACACCUGAUGAAAGAUCCCUCAAUAAACUGGCAGGUAAUCGAUGCUUCUAAGAGUGUCGACGAUGUGCACAAGGACAUCACCACCCACAGCCUUAAUACCAUCAACACAGCUCACGACCUGCCCCUUGGAGAGCUGUGGAAGUGAGCGUGGCUCCAGCUGCUGUUUCAGGACCAAGACAAGUCUGUAAUAUGCAAGAUUUGGAUAUUUGUGUAUACGAUAGCUGACUUACUCUUUUGCUAAUAACACUUAGCAUUAGUUCAAUCUUUCACCUGCCAUUGCUUGACUGGAAGAAGAAGAGAACUGCCUCAGCUGUGAGUCAAAUUUCAUUUUACAUCAAAGAGAGAAACAUUUGCACCGCCAAAUACCCGAUAGUGAUUUUAUUUUUUUGUUUUUUAAUUCUCUUACAUCUCUAUUGUUAUUUCACCUGUCUUUAUAUUGUGUUGAUUAAAUAAAUAAUCUUCAAAUGAA